AUGGCGACGAGGCGGAAUGCGUUUGUUCUCUUGGCGGCUACCGUUUGCGCUUCCGAAGUUGAGAAGCGAGAGGCGGAGCCCAGCUAUGGCUAUCGUUCUAGAUACACAAUCCCAUCUUACAGUCCCUCUUAUCGCCAUGGUCAUGUAAGGCAUUUCGGCGUUCCUGCCAGCUAUACACACUCCGUUCGUAGCUACCAUAAGAGGUCUGCCGAUUCUGAGCCUUCUGUUGUUUACUCUUCCGCAACUUACACCCCAGUUGCACCCGUCUACGCUCCUUACAGCGUUCACGGGUACCACAAGAGGUCUGCUGAAGCUGAUGCUUCUCAUGGAAUCUCUCAUGGAAUCUACAGCCAUACUCCCAUUACUUACGGAGGCCACUCCAACCAUGGGCUCUACAAGAGGUCCGCGGACCCUGAAGCUGAGGCUUCCACUGGUUAUUAUUCUACACCUGUGUAUGGUUCAGCUGUGUCCUACGGCCAUCAUAUCUACAGGAGGUCUGCACACCCAUCCACUUCAUACGCUCCCGUGCACUACAGACCUGUUUCUCUUUAUCAAACCCGAUACUACUAAGCAUGGGAAGGACUGAACGAUUUAGCCGAUAUGGAGCCAUUGUUUGUUCAAUAAAGAUAAAAAUGUCAUCGAUUUCUGUAUCUGAAAUUCCUAUAAGUUUACGCAGCUAAUAGUUAUA